AGCGAGUUCAAAACCAUAUAUACACAACAAACAUGGCGAUAGACGAGAUAACUGAUAUGAAUGAUCUAUCUUUGGAUGAUAAAUGGGCUCCUCAAUUGGGUUAUGCUGAAGAUCCAGAAACACCAUUGACGGCAGAUACCUUUCCUAGCAAAUCAGGUGGUAAACCUGCAUGGUUGAAUCCUGAACAUGUUUUGAAUGUGGAUCAAGUAACUUGUACUAAUUGUGAUCAACCCAUGGUAUUAUUGGUGCAGCUAUAUACUCCUGAAGAUCAUCCACCUCAAGCUUUCCAUCGUACUGUAUAUGUCUUUUGUUGCAAGAAUGGUGCUUGUGUCAAACAAGAUUGGACAAAAUGCUUCAAAGUAUUCCGUAGUCAAUUACCUCGCGAAAACCCUUAUUAUCCACCACCACCCAACGAAGACGGUGAGGACGAUGAAGAGAUGAGUUUUGUGGCAAAGGAAUUCAAGGCACCCAAACUCUGUGUUAUUUGUGGUAUGGCUGGACCAAAGGCAUGUGGACAAUGUCAAUUAGUCAAUUAUUGUUCUCGAGAACAUCAAAUGGUGGAUUGGAAUAUGUGUCAACAUAAACAACAUUGUAAAUCGUCGUCAUCAUUAACACAACAGCAACAACAACGUAUUGAUCAAUUACGGAAAACUCGGGUUUUUGCUGAAAAGGAAAUUGCUAGUGAACCUGAAGGAAAGGGGGAAGAUGGGGAAGAAGAAGAAGCUCAGGCUGCAUUUAGUCAAGCGAACCAGGAUACAUCAUCAACGACAACAACGGCAUUGGUACCAGCUGGUGAAGAAACUGCUGAAGAUUCCAAAGUGACAGUGGAUGAUUGCUUUUUACGCUUCCAACUUAAAUUACAACUGUAUCCGGAUCAAGUCUUGCGAUAUGAUCGUGUGGAAUAUGACAUGCCGGAUCGUGAACCUUUGUGGGUACAAGAACAUCAAAGGCCGACAAAUAUCCCUCCCUGUGUCAAAUGUGGUGGUCCUCGUACAUUUGAAUUCCAAAUCUUAUCUACCUUACUCAACUUUUUGGAUGUGUCUCAUCUUGCUACUGAUUCUCUGGAUUGGGGUUCUUUAUAUAUUUAUUCUUGUAAACAUAAUUGUGAUGUUGGUGAUCAGGUAUUUGUACCUGAAUUCAUUUGGAAACAAGACUUUUCUACAGAUAGUAUGAACUUUGGCGGUCCUGCUUGAUCAUGGUCUUGGUUUUUAGAUAGACUUUUUUUUUUUUUGUACUUUAGAUUAGGGAAUAGUUUAGUUGAGUGGAUUGACUCUCUUGUUUUGGAUUUAAUAAAAUGAAUCAUCAUUUUGAUACUAUG